UCUGUUGCAAUUACAAACAUUGCCACCGAUUAGUGAAAGAAACGGUUCGUCAAGUUGUACUCUUUCGUCGCUAAUAAUUAUCGACUUCCUACGGCCGCGCGUGUGUUUCCUGUCAACGAUACUGGGCCACAACUAAUAAAAAACGAUGCUGGGUCAGGUUGUGCCCUGCGCCCCUGCCUUCUUCUAUGGGCCGCACUCCAGCUCUAUGUCAUCCUCGAUUGGUUUCCUUAAUUACAUGCCCUGGUUCUCCAUGGACUCUUCCGCUCCGGCCCAAAAACCAACCCGGCGGUGCAGCUUACAAACAGAGCAAACUAUCGAGCUAGCCCUACCUUGAAUUCUAAGAUGAUGGUUAGCCGCCGUCGACCGGUGUCCUAGACGUGCACCACUGCCGCCUAGAAGAUGGAGUUGGAGAAACUGGCUGCUCACUUGGAUGCCACAUGAAGCAAGUGCGAUUUGUUUCCUCCCUUCUUGUGUUGAGCAUCAUUCGAUUCUAUGCUACCACAAAAUAGAAAUCGAAUAGCCAUCUUGCAAGAAGUUGGAUGAGCCGCUACACUGGUUCUUGGUUACAAAUGUGUGACUCACAAGCGUUUCAAUUAAUGUGUUUUUUAAUGUCAAGUAAUUAUUGUGUUUCGGCAAGAAGCAAGUCAGCCAGCAGCAAUUUGAUCUGUAUAUCUAGCCAAAGGGAAGUAGUCUAGCAAGGCCAAGAUAGCUAAUACGUACAUGACCAACCUGAUCGAUCAACCAGCCUGCUUGAUAGCUGCUACUAGCUUGCAUGUGCGCGCCUUACCACUAGCUUAAACGCAAUUUUUUUGAUGUUAAUUCGGUGAAUAAAUCGUUAGCUACAACAGAUAUACUCUCAAUAAUUGAAAAAAAAACAAUUAUGUGUAUAUCAUACUUGUGGUGUGGAAAUUGUGCGAGAGGAACAGAAAAGUUAACGAUAUAUAGGGAGAUGAGAGAGGAAAUUAUACCCAAAUACAUUUAUAUCAUAUUAAAAAUUGAUUUUAAAUUAAAACAUAUUUAAUAACUAAGACCAAAGACCAAAUCUCCGUUGCAUGAUUAAUCAACUAGAAAUUGAUAAUUUUUUAUUUCGGAUGCAACGCACGGGUCUGUGUAGGGCAUCCAAGUGAAAAGAAGGACAACAUCAGUCGUGCACCACUUAGCUUGAGCCCAAUGGGGAGGUGGUUGAUGGGGCAACCAAUGAUCACAACUUCGUCAUCGCUCUACACCUAGACAACUGAAACUCUUCAAUGACGACAAUGGCAUGCUACACGUGCUACAGUCUAUUCUCGAGAGAUGGUGACAUGGACGACCAGGGAGUAGAGGGAAGGAGAGUGGACUAUAAUGAUCAAAAUUUGCUUGGAAAACCUUGGCAAGAUAGGCUACCAUUCUUCUCAUCUAACAUCGCAUGCAUGUUUUCUGUCUUCCGCCGCAUCGCGCGGGCAUUGUACUAGUCCAUGAUAAAGUCCAUUGACUAGUAUUUUUUCCUUUUCUUUUUGAGGGAGCAAAACCCAAUCAUCUCAUCGUUGUCUCUCUGAAGUGCCCCUGGGCUGUUAUCGGGCUUAAUUGAGCCCAUAAAUUUCUCGCCGGCUCUGCUUCCUCGUUCCCUCGGGGAAGCGAAGCUCCGCCGCCUCCCCGUCGACCAGCGCCAGUACCGCUCCAGACGAAGGUCUCCUCUCUUCCCUCUCACGGUAACACGCCAUGGACAUGGAGGAGAGCUCCAUGAAGAAGCUGAGGCAGGAUAGCCCUCCAGCGACGGCGGCCAGCCUAUUGACCGACGACCUCAUCUUGGAGGUCCUCUCUCACCUCCCAGCCAGGUCCGUUCGCCGUUUCAAGUGCGUCUCUACGGCCUGGCGCGACCUCAUUGCCGACCCCGCCCACCGCAAAAAGCUGCCUCAGACCCUUGCUGGCUUCCUGUACAACAAAUACAAGCCGGGCGGCGCCCUAAGCGGACACUUUGCCAGCGUCUCAGGCGGCGCAUUGCCGGUCGACCCUUCCCUCCAUUUCCUGCAACCUAACAAGUUCAAGUAUAUCGCCCUUGAGGACACCUGCAAUGGCCUUCUUCUCUGCGCCUGCUACAACAAGGAGACUCCUGACUCAGAUAAGGAUGAAUACCGUCAUGUCGUGUGCAAUCCUGCCACGGAAAGGUGGACCGAGCUGCCCCCUCCACCUCAGGCUCUGGCAAACAGAUUUUACAGUACCACACGUCUGGCUUUCGAUCCGGCAGUGUCGUCCCAUUUCCACGUUCUUCAAUUUUGGCAGACCAUUUCGGGUGUAAAAAAUUGUGCCAGAGGAGUAGACAUCUUCUCAUCGAAAACUGGAGCCUGGAUUCAUAGAAAUAGUGGGUUGCUUGAGAAAAUUGCAUUGUUCCGUCGAACUAGGAGCGUCUUUUUUUGUGGCAUGCUGCACCUGGUUGGCAGGCUGAACACCAUAAACGUCGACAAAGAAUCUGUGCUGAUGGUGCUGGUCCAGGUGGACAUGGAGGGGAAGGCGUGGAAGACUAUCCAUCUACCCAUUGGCUCUAGUUUUGAAGCAAUUGGAUUAUCACAGGGGUGCUUGUACUAUGCUGGUAGUACAACCCAAACUCAUAUCAGUAAGAAGAAUACUGUCCAACCUACCAAGAUAACACUCUGGUGCCUUGAGAAUCAUGAUAGUAAAGAGUGGGUCUUGAAGCAUAGCGCCAGCAUUAAUGAGCCCUUGGGCAUAAUCUGGGUGGAGUUCAGGGUGUUUGCAAUUCAUCCAGAUUGCAAUACCGUUUUUUUGGUUCCCAUUGGAGGUGAUAUGUUGGCGUACGAUAUGCAGCAUCAGAAAUUUGUCGAUAUCCUUAAUCUUGAGGAAGACAAUGUUCGGGUAUAUCUACCUUAUGUUCCUCUGUUCUCAGAGGCAUUAGCAGAUGCCGAUGGGCAGUAGUGUUACCUACAAACCACCCCUAUACUUCCUAUGAAGAUUUAUUCGUCUGUAGGCUCUUCUGGAUCUACUUGAGUUAUGUUGUUCAAUUUACUGGUUCAGAAAUAACUGCUAGCUUUAUUUUCAGUUGGGAGCCAUGCCUGGUCACUCAACAGAUUAAGCAUAUCGUUACUUUUAAAGGGCAUGGUUACUACUGUUUGUGUUUGUCUAUCUGUUUUUCUAGAAACAAUUAGUUCAGUGAGGCUAAAUUAUGCUGUAACGUGGCUCUCUUGGCCAUAGUAUCGAAUGUUUAU